AUGGAUGAUAUAAAUGAAGCAAAUAUUAAUAUUGACGAACAAGAAGAAGUUCGUCAAAAACUUUUAUGGAACGUUAAACGAGAAGUCAAACAAAUGAUGGAAGAAGCUGUUAUGAAAAAAUGUAUUCACGAAGAAAAUUGUAGUAUAACAACACUUUGUGCUGCUGUUGAAGCAUGUCUUUUACAUGGUCUUAAACGACGAGCUGUUGGUUUAUUUAAAACAAGUACAACAACGGCACUUUUACAAAAACUUGCUAAAACUUGUCCAGCAUCUGCUGAAGUUGUCAAAAUUAUUAAUGAUGAUAAUCGACAACAUGGUCAAUCAAGCAGUUUACUUGGUUUUUCAAAAAAAUUGUCCAGUAUAACACAACAACAAACAGCAUAUUCUGAAGAUUCUCGACGUCGAUCGACUCGUUCAGUAGUAUAUAAUAGAUAUUUAUGGAUACGUACAGCACUUAUUCAUCGAUCAUUGCAUAAAAUUGUUGAAUAUAUUGUUACCAAUAGUUCAAAAUAUUACGAACCAUAUGCACUUGUUUGCGAUUCUGUACAAGGACCUAUUUUAGCUUCUCUUCUGGUUGGCCCAUGUGCACUUGAAUUUACCCGAGUGAAAACAUCUGAUCAUUUAUGGACAGAUCCACAUGCUGACGAACUUGUUCAACGUCAUCGUAUGCAUAGUAACAAUCGAACAAUGGUUAAUCCAACAACAAUGAUGGUUAAUAUGAAUAAUGUAUAUUCAAUAAAACAUCGACCAAGUUUACAAAUAAAUUUAAAACGUAAUGUGAGUUCAUCAAGUGAAGAAGCGCAACGACAUAAUCAAUUAAUGUCAAUUAAUCCAGCUCGAGAUUAUGUUGAAUCGCUUCAUCAAAAUGCUAAAUCACAAUUAAUUUAUGGAAAAAAUAAUGUUUUUGUACAACCGGCUCCUAAUCAUGAGCCAAUACCUGGUUAUUUAUCUUUACAUCAUAAUCAUCAUGGUUUAACAAUAAAAUGGACACCAAAUCAACUUAUGAAUGGUUAUAGUGAAAAUACAAAAUCAGUACAAAGUAAUACACAAGAAGCAAAUGAAUCAGAAACAAAUAUUACAACAGAAUCACCGAAAAAAUACAGUGUUUAUUGGGAUUAUGCAAUAUCAAUAAAUAUGUCUUCGAUUGUUUAUCUUCAUUGUCAUCAUCAUGUUGAUGGUGAUCGUAUUGUAUUUGUUGGUCGUGAUGGUGUACAAUAUCCUCCGUUUCAUAUAAAAGAUAAAGGUGGUCAUUUAUUAGCAUUUCUUACUUGUUUGGAAAGUGGUCUUGCACCAAAUGGUCAACUUGAUCCACCAUUAGCAUAUGAGAAAGGACAAGGAAAAGUAUUACCUAAACUGCAUCAUCGUACAGAACGUUUACAACCUGCAAUAUCAUUAAGUGCAAGUGACGAUGAUGCUAAUGUACAAAUGAAUGUUGAUACAACUGAUGAAGAAACAUUGUCACCAACUGGCGAUUAUGUUUUUCGUAUUAUCUUUCUUCCUGAUCAGGAAACAAUAAAUAAUAGUGGAAAUUAUCGAUAUCAAUGGUCACCACCAGGAACAACUGAUUCAUCAUCACUUUCUUCACAAUCGUCAUCAUCACCAUCAGCACAAGCAACAAGUCUUAGUGCACCAUUACCAGCAUCACCAAUAGAUGCAUCAUUUGCGACAUCGGCUGUUUAUGUUUCACCAACAACUGGUUUACAUAAAAGUAUUUCAGUUAGAUCAUCAAUGGCAUCAUUAUGUGAUACAAUGCGUCGUCAAAUAUUAUCACGUGCAUUUUAUGGUUGGCUUGCGUAUUGUCGUCAUUUAAAAACUGUUCGUACACAUUUAACAUCUCUUGUUAAUCCAGUAAUAAAAGUGGAAAAUAAUGAAAAAUUACAGUCAAAUCUUUCUUUAACAUAUGAUGAUUGGAAUGAAUUAUUUCUUAGUAAACAAAAAGAAAAUUUACCAAUUGAUAAAAAAGAAAUUUAUCGUAGAAUUUAUUCCGGUGGUUGUGAACCAUCAAUACGAAAACAAGUUUGGCCAUUUCUUUUUUCCCAUUAUUCAUUUGAAUCAACAAUUGAUGAACGAAAUAAUAUUGAUCAUACAACAAUUGAACGAUAUAAAUCAUUAAUAAAUGAAUGGCAUAGUGCCGAAGAUAUUGUUAUACAAAUUGAUCUUCAACAUACAAAUCAUCGUAAAAAUACUUUAACAAAAUUAUUAAAUUUAGCUUCUGAAACAAAUCAUAUUUCAACGGAAACAACAUUAACAUCAAUUAAAAAUGUUCUUGCUAGUAUACCAGAAAAAAUUUCAUUUGCUCGUCAUAAUAUUCUUGAAAGAAAAGAUUCAAACAUAUCAAAUGAUGUUUUUUUUGAAGAUUGUGCUAUACAUACAGAAGCUUAG